CGGCGUUGACAGACGGCGGGAGGAGACUGGAGAGAGACGGAGGGAGGCCACAAACACACAAACAUGCCUGUCCUGAGACUGAACCCUGAGGCAGAGAGUGGCACAUGGAUACACUGCUGAAAAACUUGGCCAGCUCAGUGGAGCUGCUGGCGGUGGUGGCACAGAGUGAUGUGGUGGAGCAGUGGGAUGAACAAACUCUGACCAGAGCUUUUCAAUGGGCCCGGUACUGCGAACAUCUCUUCUCCAGGUUUGACAAUAACCCUGUGAUAAGAGGGAUGAUGGAGAAACAGCUGCAGCUCACAAAUGAAAAUCUGCUAUCUGCCCUCUCUGGAUACACUGAGUUGUCCUUCUCUGACCUUUCCCAGUGCCAGCACCUGCUGCUCUUUGGGCUUUUGAACAACCCUAAACUGCCUGGCUCCCUCAUGAAGACACUAUUUGACUGCAAGAGUUCUGCGGACCUGGAGGUGACUGGCCUUUGCAGUCGGAUCAUUCAGUCUAAAUCAGCAUGCAAAAUCCUACGUCCUCUCACAGACUCCUCGGCUGUUAGUGCUGAUGCAGAGGUGCAGGGAGUGGUUCUGAUCGAGAGGCUGGGCGCUUUGAUGAGCCAAGGCAGUAACAUGUGCAGGACAGAGCAUUUUUUAGACUGUGUACUCCAAGGAUGUGAAGAAUCACCACAACAUUUUUGUGGAGUCAUCGCUGUAGCUCUGCUGACAAGAAAAAACUCAGCUCCCCAGGAUAUUCUCGUAGACUGGCUGCUGAAAAAACACAGCAUUCUGAAACUCAUGGUCACAGCACUGCCUCCUGCAGUUAUUACGGACCUGGCCAAAAAACAUCUGAAGUUUAGAGAUGCAUACUGUGAUGUACUGAAAGAGUGGGCUUCUGGUAUGGAGUACAGCCUCAGUGAGGGUGAAUGGCUUCAGACCUGUGCAAACCCCAUGGUGUCCUAUCAGAAACUGACUGAGCACUUUCUGGCCUUGUUUGAGGCUUGUCCUUCUCUGAGGGAUGAUGUGGAAAAACAGUUUGAUGCUCUGAAGGUCUCUGAUGGAGACUUUGAUGUCAGAGGUUUGAGUGUGUGGGGAGAUCUUCUAUCAGCAUUAAACAAGUGACUGUCAAAAGUUUUUUUAUAGACCUAUAAUGUGUUUAUUUGUAUAUUGAUGCAUUGUUUGUAGAGGUGUGCAUAUUAAACCUAAGUGUGUCCAUCAAACUGAUUAUUGAAAGCUGUUGUAGUUUCAUAGUUUCAAAGUAUAAACUUGAUAACAAAAACAAACUUCAGACAUUCAUAACACACAUUUAAAAUGAUACUUAUUGUUUUGUGGUGUUAAGUACACAUGAAAAACACACAAACCUGGACACAGACUCAACAAACAAAAGCAUGAGUUGCAUAGUAUGCACUGUGUACAUUUACUGUAGGAAAAGCAAUAAAACCUUAAAUGUACUCACUUUGCUUUCAUUCUAGUUUUAAUACUUCUGUGGUAGUUUAGCUGUGUUCCUUGUUAAAAUCAAAGUCAUUCCUUCUGAGUAAGUACAAUUUGAUAUUUGUUUGGACAGAUGGUUAUAUCACAUGCUGCUUAGAAAUCAACAGAAGCGCAUGACCUAACUGAAUUAAAUUCAAGUAAUUGUCAGGCAGUGAAUAGUUUACUCUUAAUAAAUUGCACCCUGGGGAGUUACGGCUACAUUUAUCAUUAUAAAUGUAUAUAAGGUAUAGAUCUGUUGUUUUUAAAGUCCUGAUUGUUACAGUGGGCAAACCUAUGGAGAGAGACAUGUUUAAUUGAAUAGCUAAAUGAACAACUGUCUAUAAAAUGGCAAUAAAGCAGCAAGGACA